AUUUUCAGAUAAUACUUGUGUGAAGGAAUGUCCUCCAGGAACAUACGCUGACACUGAAGAUGUGGAUGGAAAUGAACUUGGAUAUUGCUCACCCUGUGAUACUGUAUGCAAGACAUGUCAUGGGGGAUCUCCUAAGGACUGUACAGCAUGUACUUUUGGUUACUAUAAAUUCCAGCAUCUUUGUCUUGCACACUGUCCAGCAGGAUAUUAUGCAGCAACUAACGGUUGUGAAAAAUGUGACAUUUCCUGCCAGCUCUGUUUUGGUCCUGGGACAGAUGAUUGCUUGGAAUGCCCAUUACACCUAAUGAAACUAGAUGGCACUAAUCAGUGUGUAGAACACUGUCCAGAAAGAUUUUUUGAGAAUAAUCUCAAAUGCAAGCAGUGUCAUCUAAGUUGUAAAACUUGCAAAGAUUCUUCACCUCAGGGCUGCCUCUCAUGUGAUUUUGGAAGUAUAUUAAAAGAAGGAAUUUGUUAUCCACAGUGUGAAGAACUCCAUUUUUUUUCCACAGAUGGUGUUUGCAAACUGUGUGACCAUUCCUGCAAGCAUUGCUUUGGCCCAAGCACAAAUCAUUGCCUAUCAUGUGAAACAAAUUAUGCAUUGCACCCCUUUAAGAAGACAUGCAUUAAAUGCUGUGGGGAGGAGCAAACUCAGGAUGGGUGUUGUCUCUGCGAUGCAAAUACAGUCUUAUGUGGAAAACAGCUACUGAGCUUACAUGAGAAGAAGCUGCUGCCACUGGAUGAGAUGUAUCCAUCCCAUGAAUCGAUCUUUGUUAUUAGCGCUGUCAGCUUUACAAUUAUUGUGGGGGUCCUCUUGUUUUGUUUGCUUCAAGCUAAAUCAAGGCAACAACUUUGUUGGAAACAGAGCUAUGAGAGACUUGGUAGUACAUUAAAAGUCAAUACUUCCUAUGGUAGUCAUAAAAAUAAUGGCAUUCUGAGUCAUUAUAAGGAUGAUCCUGAGGAAAGCCUUGAUGAAAGUGAUGUGAUUUAUACUAGCAAAGAUGGAGCUGUUUAUAGAAGAUACCACUUUAAAGUGUCAGAUAAUGAAGACGAAGAAGAAGAUGAAGAAAAAGUGUGUCUAAACAAGAAAAGUGUUAAUGUUUAGAAAAUAUUGGUUCAUGCACAGUAACUUGUAUUAAAAUUAAUAAACAAAACUAAGCAUGCUAUUUUUAUGUACAUUUCAAAACGUACUAAACACAAUACUGUACAUGACAUAUUACGGAAGAACUUAUUUUUUCAUAGCCUGUGGUGAAGACAUACUUUAUUAACUAAAGUUCAAUUUGCUUUAACAGUCAGACUGUUUAAUAGAUUGUAUUACAAUAAAAUCAUGUAAUUUCCAACAAUCUCA